GUGCUCCUCUCCACUGCUCUGUUGAGUUGCUCGCCGUCUUCGUCUUCCCCACCUCACGCCACGCAGAUCCCAACACAACGCGAGCAGGCAAGGAGGAGAGAAAAGGCAAGGCAAGAUGCAGUACAAGAACCUUGGGCGGUCGGGCCUCCGCGUGAGCCAGCUGUCGUACGGCGCGUGGGUGACCUUCGGGAACCAGCUGGACGUGAAGGAGGCCAAGGCGCUGCUGCAGGCGUGCCGCGACGCCGGCGUCAACUUCUUCGACAACGCCGAGGUCUACGCCAACGGCCGCGCCGAGGAGAUCAUGGGCCAGGCCAUCCGCGACCUCGGCUGGCGCCGCUCCGACGUCGUCAUCUCCACCAAGCUCUUCUGGGGAGGCCUGGGCCCCAACGACAAGGGCCUCUCCCGCAAGCACAUCGUCGAGGGCCUCAAAGGGUCGCUCAAGCGCCUCGACAUGGACUACGUCGACGUCGUCUACUGCCACCGCCCCGACGCAUUCACGCCCAUCGAGGAGACGGUGCGCGCCGUCAACUGGGUCAUCGAUCAGGGGUGGGCGUUCUACUGGGGCACGUCCGAGUGGUCCGCGCAGCAGAUCACCGAGGCGUGGGGGGUCGCUAACCGCCUCGACCUCGUCGGACCCAUCGCCGAGCAGCCCGAGUACAACCUCUUCUCGCGACACAAGGUUGAAUCUGAGUUCAUACCUCUUUACAGCACCUAUGGCAUCGGUUUGACUACAUGGAGUCCUCUAGCUUCAGGAGUACUCACUGGAAAAUAUGGCAAAGGGAACAUACCUGCUGAUAGCAGAUUUGCCCUAGACAAUUACAAGAACCUGGCGAACAGAUCCCUGGUUGACGAGACAAUUCGAAAAGUGAAUGGGCUAAAACCUAUUGCAUCCGAACUUGGUGUUUCAUUAGCCCAACUCGCAAUCGCUUGGUGUGCUUCAAACCCCAAAGUCUCAUCUGUGAUCACAGGAGCCACUAAAGAAAGCCAGAUCGUCGAGAAUAUGAAGGCUCUUGACGUCAUUCCUCUUCUGACCCCGGAGGUUGUCGACAGGAUUGAGGCAGUGGUCCAAAGCAAGCCAAAACGCACUGAGUCAUACAGGUGAAGUGAUCCAGCGUGCAGAAUGAGUGCCCGCGAUUCAGCAUUCAUCUGGAGUUUAGGCCAUGCUAUCUUCAACGUUUGAUAUCUCGGAAUUAUGUGCCUGGUUUUGUGUAGUUGGGAUGUUCAGUCGUAGUGCUCUGUCCUAAACAUUUCCCAUGUGGACCACUUGGUGGUGACACUUGUUACAAACAGUGCUCUGUUCUGUGUGUAUUCUGCAUUUCCCGAUGGCAUCUAUUUUGAUUCCUGGUA